AUGGAGUUAUCUUCUUCUACAAGAACCUCCUCACAAGAGACGGUUGAUGGUUCCUCUUUAGGCGGAGCUAACCCGAAGAAGAAAGUGUUCAUGGUUAUGGGAAUCAACACUGCAUUUUGCAGUACAAAACGGCGUGAUUCACUCAGGGGAACCUGGAUGCCACAAGUAAAGUCGGAUGAAUGA